GCGGAAUUACACCCUGUCCGCUCACAGCUGAUUUGCUCGCCAUCUUGACAUGAACAUAAACAUUGAUGCCCUCUGCUCAAUGAUCGCACCAUUAUCGCUAAACACCGAAAAAUUGGUAACACGUUACCGAAACAGCCUUAACACUCGGCUGCGGCGUCUGAAAAAUACGAACUAGAUGUUCAGGAAAUCGUUGCGCACGUAGCUAAACAUACAUGCCAGUAUAAUGUGGGGUUCCUGAGCACUUGGUAAAGGGAUGGGAGACCUAGAAGGACCCCCAUCUGCAGACUGAGGGAGAGAGUCUUACUGUAGAUCACAGUAGAAAUGGACCAGGACUAUGAAAGACGCCUGUUAAGGCAAAUCAACCACCAGAACGUCCCAGAGGGCCACCCGUCCAAGUCGGGGUAUGCAGCGUGCAGUCCGGUUACUGUGAAAUCAGGAGACAGGUUCAUCCCCACACGUGCCGGCAGCAACUGGAGCAUAAACUUCCACUAUGCCAAUGAGAACUGUUGGUCACCCAAUCAGAAUCAGCGGGCGAAGGAUGCUAGUACAGAUACAGGGAAAGAUGCUGUGGCGUACGCCGCGCUGCUAAGGAAUGAGCUGUUGGGAGCAGGAAUCGUAACCGUGCCUGAUCCACACACAGACGAUCGUCGUAAUACCAUCCUCACGCAGGACACACACAGCCUCUUCAGGUACACCAUCCACACAAAGAGAGUGCCUUUUGACAAUGAAAUCUCACCCUAUUCCCUCUCUCCUCUCAGUAACAAAAGUCACAAACUAUUGCGUUCACCCCGAAAGCCAGCACGCAAGAUUUCCAAGAUCCCAUUUAAGGUUCUUGAUGCCCCAGAGUUGCAGGAUGACUUCUACCUCAACCUGGUGGAUUGGUCAGCUGGAAAUCUCUUGAGCGUUGGUUUGGGGGCCUGUGUUUACCUGUGGAGUGCCUGUACCAGUCAGGUGACGCGGCUGUGUGACUUAUCAGUGGACGGCGAUUCUGUCACGUCAGUGUGUUGGAAUGAGAGGGGAAGCUUGGUGGCCGUAGGGACCCAUAAAGGAUUUGUCCAGAUUUGGGACGCGGCGGGAGGGAGGAAGCUGACCAGUUUGGAGGGACAUUCGGCACGCGUAGGAGCGCUCGCGUGGAAUGGAGAGCAGCUGUCGUCGGGUAGCCGGGACCGAGUGAUCCUGCAGAGGGACGUGAGGACGCCUCCUCCCGUGGAGAGACGCCUCCAGGGCCACAGACAGGAAGUGUGCGGCCUCAAGUGGUCACCUGACCAUCAGCACCUCGCCUCUGGAGGGAACGAUAACAAGUUGCUGGUGUGGAACAGCUCCAGCCUGCUUCCUGUGCAGCAGUACAGCGAUCACCUGGCCGCCGUGAAGGCCAUCGCCUGGUCUCCUCACCAGCACGGCCUGCUGGCCUCUGGAGGAGGAACGGCAGACCGCUGCCUUCGCUUCUGGAACACUCUGACGGGACAGGCGCUACAGAGCACUGACACCGGCUCACAGGUCUGCAACCUGGCCUGGUCCAAACACGCCAACGAGCUGGUCAGCACACAUGGCUACUCCCAGAACCAGAUCCUGGUGUGGAAAUACCCCUCACUCACCCAGGUGGCCAAGCUCACAGGACAUUCAUACAGAGUACUCUACUUGGCGGUGUCUCCAGACGGCGAGGCCAUCGUGACAGGAGCAGGAGACGAGACGCUGAGGUUCUGGAACGUCUUCAGCAAAACGCGCUGCACCAAGGAAUCCAAAUCAGUGUUGAACCUGUUCACCAGGAUACGAUAAUUCACAGCCGGAGAGCGAUCCAUCCAAUCACGUGAACGAAUGAAAGCCUUGAACUUUGUGUCCUUGCAUCGACUCCUGACAGAGGGAGACCCCAGCACUUCCUUCGAACUCACUUUUUUACUCAGCAGAUUUCUGUUUUAUGCCGUAAAAGAGCUCGUUGUUUAUGUUAAGAUUCAGUCCGUUCUUCUUCUUAUUGUACAUUGUGGAUGUCCAAACAGAUGUGCUAUUGUAUAAGUAGAAGUAUUAAUAGAGAAAUGAACCUAUAUGGCCUAUAUUGUCAUUAUCACGACUGCGAGUCAUGAGGUUAAAAUGAAAUGGCUUGUUAUGGAAAUUUCAAUAUUUUAUAUGUGUGUAUCAAAACAGAUCACGAUAUCUGUGAGAAAUAAAUACACUUAACACUAA